AGUUGGAAGCUCUCUCUCUCUCAAAUCUUCAAAGAAAGAGCCGCCGCUAAAUUUAAAGAAAACGCUUCUAAAUUUAGACGGAGUCGUUCGCUUCGAACGAAAGGAAACCCGAAAAAACCUCCGUUUCUCUUAACGCGUGCACAUCUCUCUCGUUUUUUGGAUUUCUGAUAAGGGUAGUUGCAGCAUAUUCUAGCAUGAAACAAUAUCUGGGUAGCUCUAAACAAUCAUCCAAGCUCGGAUCCAGAGCUUCUGAAAUGGUGACGAAGACAUCUACUUCUGCGAAUUUGGAGACGUCUGCUUAUAAAUCUAGCAAGGAGCAAUCUGUUUCAUCCUACGCUAAUGCAAAGUCCAGAUGAUCCUUUGAACGAACACCGUCAGCCAAGUUUGUAGCUAUGACGGAGAUACAAGUCACGAGGGGAUCAGACAUGCAACUGAAACUGAAUCGGGUCAUAGAAGAUCUGAAGAAGACGAAGGAUCAAUUGGAAGCUUCAGAGGAGGAGAAAUGUCGAAUUCUUGAUGAACUCAAAGAGAUGAAGAAGGUGGCAGAAGAUGCGAAUCUGAGGCUCAGCGAAGCUCUUCUUGCACAAGGGCAGGUGCGGGAGAUCGAGAAGGUCCGCGUCAAUGAAUUAGAGAGGGCCAGCUUCGAAUCCGCUCAGAAGAGAGACCAGGCAUGGCAGCUUGAGCUCGAGGCUGUUCAGAAACAACAUGAUUUGGACGUUGAGGCCCUUUCGACCGCCGCCCAAGAACUCAAUCGGGUGAACAGAGAGCUGUCGUUCGCUAUCAGUGCGAAAAAUAAAGCCCUUAAAGAAGCUGAGGAUGCGAGGCUCGAUGCCGAGACUAAUGCCAACUGGGUCAAGGACCUCUCCAUGGAGCUCUGUUCUCUGAAAGAGUUGCUUGAAUCAGCUAAUGCUUCCCACUCAGUUGUUGAAAACAUGUCAAGUGAUUCAGAUGAGGAAUUGGAGACCAGAAAAUCUAAUGGAUUAGCUACUCAAAACAGUUCAGUGAUUGAAUUAUUGAAUCUUCAACUCAAGAAAGCGAAAGAUGUUGAGGAAAAAUUGGCCGAAAGGGAGAUCUUGAUAGAGGAGCUGAAAAUGGAGUUGCAUGAUGCAAGGGAAUCUGAAUCUGGGGCAUUGGAUUUGUUGUCUGAAAGUAAGAAGCGAAUUGAGAUGCUUGCACUCGAACUGGAGAAAUCAAACGAAUCAGAAACUAAAUCAUUCAACUCAUUCCUCGCCCUAACAAAACAGUUAGAGGAGACAAAGAUAUCACUACAAGAAUCCAAGCUCAAGAUUGCUUCUCUUCAUGAGAACAUUGAAAGCAUGGAAAUCUCAUUCGGUCUAAGCAGUCGGGAUCCCAAUGUAUCGAGCAGGUGCCUUGUGACAACAAGGUCUGAUAUGAAUUCCGGCGAAGAAACCAUCAAGACCCUUGAGUCCGAGCUUCAAACAGUGAAAGAGGAUUUGGUUUAUGCCCGUGGGGGAGAGGAACUCGCAUUGUCAAAUACCCGUAGUUUAGCCAAGGAGAUGAGCCGGCUUAGAAAUGAGCUGAAGUUAGCCACCGAAGCAGAAGAGCAGAGCAGAAAGGCCAUGGAUGAUUUGGCGUUGGCCUUGAAAGAAGUCACGACAGAAGCGAAUCAGGUGAAGGAGAAGCUUGCAUCAACCGAAUCAGAACUGGACGAUGCAAGGAUGGAAACUGAACGUGUGAAGAUCAUAUUAAGGAGCACGGAAGCGAAGUUUCAAGCACUCCUUGACGAAGCUAGGAGAGAGAUAAAACGGGUAGAAGAGGCAGCUGAAAGAUUGAAAUUAGAAGCCGAGGAAUCAAACACUGCAUGGAAUGGGAAAGAAGUCGGCUUCGUUCAUUGUAUGAAAAUGUCUGAAGAAGAGAUUGCCGAUGCAAAAGAAGAGAAUGACAUGUUGAUAGAAUCACUUAAAGAGGCUGAAAUCGCAGCUAAGAUGGCUAGGGAAGAAAAUGCCAGGUUGCGGGACAUACUAAAACAUGCCUUAAAUGAGGCAACCGUUUCAAAAGAAGCCGCGGAGAUUGCUAGGGCCGAGAAUUCGCAACUGAAGGACAACCUAUCAGAUUUGGUAAAUGCAUUGCAUAGGAUUAGACAAGAAAAUGAGCUUCAUAAGAUCAAAGAAGCCACAUCCCUCGAGAAUGAAAAGGAGUUGAAGAGCUCAGUGGCUGCAACGUCGACGACAGCCUCACGCAAAAGCGGCAAUUUGUCGGUUCCCAAGGGUGGGGAUGCUAAGGACCCGGGGGCAUCCAAGAAGCCACACAUAGUGGUUAAAGAAGCUAGAAAAUCCGCAACAGAACAGUCAAAGGAACUGGAAAUUCUCAGACAAGAGAGAGAAAAUCAGAGAAUCAAGAAUGGGUACAAUGAUGUAGAUGUCGACCCAGAACUGCUUGAGGGAUCAAUAUUCGAAAUGCCGGACUCACCAGACCAGGAUUGCAUGUUUCAAUCCGUUAAUGGAAGACUGCGACAUAGAAGCCUUCCCUCAAUACUCACAGAUGAUGCAGAAACAGUUAGCUCGGAUGAUUUCGAACAUACAGAUGGGGAUCAUUUUGAUGAAGCGGAGAGCAACAGGAGCUCAGAAAUGAGCCAUCGGAGGAAAAAAGCAUUGCUUAGGAGAUUUGGAGAUCUUAUAAGAAGACGAAGCUCCUACACCAAAUAGGACUAGCUGCAUUGGUGCCAUGUAAGUAUGAGUUUCUUCAUACCCACAUGUAUGGUGUUCACUAGAUGAUCAUGUAAAUUCUCUUGAGAAUGUUCCUAUGAAUCCUUUCAAUGUGAUUAUCAUUGUUAUUGUAACAUGAUCGAGAAUAGGAAAACAGAACAGCCGACGCAAGCGUCGCCUUGCAAGGGAUGUCACAGUUUGUAAAUUACCACAUUUGUCAGAUACGAUGGAUGUAAUAUUAGUGAAAUACAGUUCAAAAUUUAAUUUAUUUUUUCUUGGGCGGUCAGCCCACAAGUCAUGUUUGUGUUCCACAUUGUGAUAUGCCAGUUUUAGGAUUCUAUCAGAUCAUAGUGUAAUUUUAUUACAUUUUGGAUACUUUGAAA